AUGGAAAUCUUGAAUGAGAGCAUUUGCGCUGACACUAAUGGUGAUGACGACAGGGAUGGUCUCAUGCGAAACAUUCACAUCGACAACGUUCCAUCACCAGCACCUGGACUAUCUGAAAAGUGCCCUCCCAUGACCAAGUCAUGUUUUGGCAAGGCACAUGUGCAUGAGGUGACAUCCAAGAUAGUCAGCAUGUACUCAGAAAUACCUUCAUGUGCAGUGCACACCCCUUCAAAUGUCCGAUCUCACGGUGUCAAGGUGGACACUGAACCUUCACAGGUCAAAGAAUCUCCUGCUCCCCUGGUCUAUGUCAUCAAAGCUGAGCCCACCACCACUCUGUACACCAUUGAACAGCACUUUACACCUCUCCCACUGACUCCAUUCAUUCAGCCCAUGUCUCCAUCCGGUAGCAGCAAGCUAUCUCAACAAUGUUCAUGUCACACUGGCAUCAUCAUGCUCGGCUUCACUGAUGACAUCAAGAAAAAGGUCCUUGUGCCAUCUCUUGACAUGUAUGCUGAUUAUUACAUGCCAUCACAUGGAUAUACUUACCGUGCAUGGGUGGAGGUGGUUGCGGUGUUUGCUAAUAGCUGCAACAGGGAGGAUUUUGUCACUUGCCUCCGCGGUGCUGAUGUCCCUUCAAAGCACCUGAAAUUCAUGUACUUUCUAUGCAAGAAUCACGUCUGA